CCCAACCUAACCCGUCUCCUACCCACACGCUACCGCCGGCCGUCCGCCCGCCCCACCCUACCCACGCGCUGCUGCUGCCGUCCGACCGCCCCAUCCUACCCACGCGCCUCCGUCGCGAACCCCACCACAUCCCUCAAUCGCACACCGACGCCCUCUCCCUCCGCUCCGGCCGCCGCCUUCUCCCCGCGCUCCGGCCUGCAACAACGGCCUUCUCUCUCUCCUAGCGCUCCGGCCUUCUCUCUCCCAGCGCUCCGGCCUUCUCUCUCCCGCGCUUCGGCCCUCUCUCUCCUAGCGCUCCGGCCCUCUCCCUUCCCGAGCUUCGGCCUCCUCCCUCUCCCGAGCUCCGGCCUCCUCCCUCCCCGCGCUCCAGCGUCCUCCCUCCCCGCGCUCCGGCCUCCUCGCACUCCUCGGUCUAUUCGCCUUGCUACUGUGGUCCGGUCGCCUUCGUCACCGCGCUCCAUCCGCCUUUCUCCUCGAGGUUCGGCCGCCUCCCCCUUUCCCCGAGGCCCCACGGCUGCGUCGCCGCCGCCCAACCGCUCGGUCCACAAGCUAGGGAUCUGGGCCGCCCUCCUCGCUGUGGUGGCCCUGCUGGCCGUUGGUGACAGAAGCGGGGUGGAGGUUUUUAAAGCUUGUCUGGAAGGGGAGCCUUGGCGCAGUGGUAAAGUUGCUGCCUUGUGACCAUGAGGUCAUGGGUUCAAGUCCUGGAAACAGCCUCUUACAGAAAUGUAGGGAAAAGCUGCGUACUAUAGACCCAAAGUGGUCGGACCCUUCCCUGGACCCUGCGCAAGCGGGAGCUACAUGCACCAGUGCCUGCAUGCUGAUCCAUCUACAAGUAGACAACAAUUGCAGGACCUGCGCACAACACUCGGUACCGAGGCAAAAUUCAUAGUUGUAGUUGUCUGCAAUUUACUAUGGGAAAAGGUCAGAAGAUUGUCCUUCCAGCGUGUCGUGGCCACCUCCCCACAGCACCGCCUCCAUCCAGCGCGCCGCCCUGCUUCCCCACAGCGUGCCGCUGCAGGCGUAACCCUACAUCGCACAUUGAGAAAUGGUGGCGCGCGGGGUGUGAGGCGGCGUCUCCCCACCAUUUUUGUAGGUUGCCGCAAAAACAAGAUGCACAAGUUCAUCUUUUGUAUGCUUUUCAGUACAUCUACUUCCCAAUGCUCGAUCCAGGAGGUGCUAGCUCAUGCUGGCUGGAACUAGGAUGCAAAAGGGUUGACGGAUCCAUGCCGCACAAGCACUGGUGCUCUACUUUCUUCUUACUUUGUGUUCUAAUUUGCUUUCUUCUUAUUUUCAGUUUGCGAGAUACAGAAAAAAGUUUAAAAUAUGUUGUGCCUGGAGUUCAUAUUAUUUGCUACCCCAGGAUGUACGUCUAUAGUUUCUCCCUCCAAAUGUGUUGAUCCAUGUGGUUGUAUUUUCUGUGUUUCUCCCUCCAAAUGUAUGCAAGUACAGAAGUUGCACACAAACCGAAGUUUGUUUUAGUGAGAAAAAUGCAUACUGUCUUCUAUAACUCAUUUCACUUCACGAUUACUUCACCAGUUUGUUGUUUCCUAUUUCUCAUAAUUCCUAAAUGUUCUACUCAA